UUUAGUAACUCGACAACAUGCUGCUUCUUCACGGCUUCACCUGCGUCUGCGUCCUCACAGCGGCAGUCGACGUGUCAGCGGCGGCGGUUACCACGGAGACGGUGGUGGGCGUGGCCGGGAGGAGGGUGACGCUGCCGUGCCGCCUGGGGAUGGAGGUGUGCUGGGGGAGAGGAGAGCCCUCCCUGUUCACCUGCCACAACACGGUGAUCGAUAGCGCCGGUGUCUACGUCAUAUACAGGAAGUCCUACAGGUAGAAUCAGAACCAUUUUUAAUGUAGGGUUCCACCUACAAGGAACUUACUCUGUAACGUUGGUGCAUAAAUAUAAAACAUUUACAAUUAACAAUAUCUACAAAAUAUAAACAGUAGGGGUAAUGUACAACACACAACACAAGGACAGCCGGCUGAGCAGUACUUAAUGUAACGUGUACAGGGGGGGGCAGACAGGGUCAGUGGGGGUCUCUGGCCUUGUUGAUCAGAGACUGUAGAGGGGAAGAAGCUGUUCAUAUGACGUGAGGUUCUGGUCCUGAUGGACCGCAGCCUCCUGGAUGGGAGUGACUGAAAAAGUCUUUGUCCAGGGUGGGAGGGGUCAGCUGCAAUCUUACCUGCGCUUCCAGAUCCUGGAGGCGUGCAAGUCCUGGAUAUGUAUCUGUAUUAUAUUUAUUGUUGUUAUUAUAUGUAUCUGUAUUGUUAUUAUUAUUAUAUGUAUUAUUAUAUGUAUCUGUAUUAUUAUAUUU